GGGAUUAUCUUGCAUUUGCUAGUAUACGAUCACGAUGUGCCGAAUACUAUGUUGUUGCUUCUGCCGCAAGAAGAAGAAGCCGCGAGAUGUAAAAAAGGGUAAAAAGGGAAAGAAAGAUGGAGGCCUUGUUGUUUUAAAGCAGAAGCAGACUAAGUCUAAGAAGAAGCGUCACGAUGAACCUGUAGAUAUAAAAGUAGACUCAUGUUGCUGCUUUUGGGAAGGUGGUGGUGGUGGAGACGGCGGAGGUGGAGACGGUGGAGGUGGAGGCUGUGGUGGUGGCGGUGGUGGAUGUGGAGGAGGUGGCGGAGGCGGCUAAUAUAUGAGGUUUCUGCCGUUCUAAAUAUAAUUCAUGACGAUCAUUUCUUGUGUCAUAAAUUUAUUUCUUUGAAUUUUUUAAAGAUUUUUGCCAUUGUUUCACAGCGGCCAAAUUAUGUAUUUCUUUAUUUAUAUAUACAAUGUAAAUAAAUAAAAACACAAAUAAAUAUAUAA